UCAAAAUCUCUCAUAACUCCAAAUUCGCGUCCAACCUCUGGCUCUUUCAUCUCUGCGCCAUCCAUCAUCCGCCGCCGCGCGCCAUCCAUCGUCCGCCGCCGCCAACCAUCGUCCACCACCAUACACGGUCUGCCGCCAUCCACCGUCGACAGGUGCGCCCUUCCUCGGCAUUACGGUACACGAGUGAGCCCUUCUCUCUCCGGUCUUGCCAUUAUCAACGGACACGGGGAUUUACAAGAAUAAUGGCUACCUCAUGGUUUCAUGCAAUGGAGGUCUGAAUCAAAUGAGAGCAGUGAUUUGCGAUAUGGUUGCUAUUGCAAGAUAUCUGAAUGUAACGCUUAUAGUUCCAGAGCUUGAUAAAACUUCCUUUUGGGCUGAUCCAAGAACAUUUCAUUGCAUCAUUGAGAGAUGAGGUCUGUAUAUUGAAAGAAUUGCCUCCUAGGCUGAAGAGAAGAAUGGAGCUAGGGAUGACUCGUACUAUGGCUCCAGUUAGUUGGUCUGAUAUAUCUUAUUAUCAUAACCAGUCUUGUGAACUGUGAUAUUGUAGCAAUCAUGAGAUAUAUAAAAGGGAGUAAAGUGGAAGUUUUGAGCAAACAAGGAGUGCCUUCAGGCUUUUGGCGCUGUGCUGAGAUUAUCUGUGGUAAUGGCCACACUUACACUGUUAGAUAUGAAGGACAUGCAAGCACCAUUGAUGAGACAGUAAUGGAGAGAAUAUCUAGGAACGCAAUAAGGCCUUGCCCUCCACUACCUGAAAUUGCCGAAGAUUGGGUUCCUGGAGAUGUAGUAGAGGUGUUUGAUGAUUUUUCUUGGAAAACAGCAACAAUAUCAAAGAUGUUGGGAAAAAAAUACUUUCUGGUUAGGAUAAUAGGAUCAUCUCUUGAAUUCAAAGUGAGCAAAUUUGACAUCCGGACACGACAGUCUUGGCAAGAUGAUGAAUGGAUUGUAAUUGGAAAGGGUCCUGGCAGCUGUGAAGGUGCAAAACAUGACAACAAUUCAACUACAAAGUGCGAGAGAAAAUCCAUGAACAACGUUCGAAUGGCAAAGACAAGGUUAAAUGAACGUGUAAAGAAUGAUUGCUUUCCUAAAGUGAACAAGGAGAAUCUCCAAGAGCCUAAUAUAGUUUUCAAUAGAACUUUGAAGAGAGGACCUUAUGGUUAUAAACAAGCUGAAGCACAUAAUGGUGCUGCCCAGAAAUUUAGAGCAGUUGAGAAAGAGGGUAAUUUGGUGAUCAUCAUACAGACAGUGAUGAUGAUACAGAUGAUGAAUUUGCUAGUUUAGUUUAGUAUGUAUAUUUUGUUAUGAGCAGUUGAUAAUUUUUAUUUCAAAUUAAAAUUGUACUACAAAUUCUUUAAGUUUCACAUAUAUUUGAAUGAGUAAUUUGGUUUUUUA